AUGGGCGUUAAUUCCCGUCGUCCUUUGCUACCUGCACCGACCGAAUCAAUUAUCGACACUACGGGAAGCAGCAUAACAAACACUGACAUGGCUACUGAUGUCUCCCGACGGACUGACAAGUCCUCUUAUUCCUUGCCCGACGAUGGCAGCCCCAUCACUAUAUCCACCCGACGCCGGUCACACAAGAAAGACGAAGAGGAUUCCUCGAAAAUGUCGCGGACAUCCCACCAAUCGCAGACUUCUCUUCUUAUCGAGUACUUCGAACGUGAGAAGAGUAGCUCAAGGCUCAACUCAAGGCCAAGUGUCAGAGUUAAGGUAAUCCCAUCUGGCAGGAAAAACCGAGACCAGGGUGACACCAUUCGGAUUCGUGAGAGCGGUAGCAGCAAGCGGCCGCAGUACACUAGACGCAUCUCUGUCAGCACUCCAUCAAAGCAGAAGGCCAUUACUGAAGGAAAUGACGGCCAGAGCAUCACUGAUGAAGAGGAAGAUAGCCGACCAUUGGAGAUCGAAUUCCUAGAUCGUGAAAACACUAGCGAUUUAUCCAAUGAUCGCUAUAUGCAACCGACUUCUGAAAUAUCCUCUAUGCCAGCUGAUAGCAUGCUCGACGGGUCUAUGGUCUCCAGAGUACCACAGCGCAAGCGGAGCCAGAGCCAGAGCUUAGGUAAGGCCCGCGAUACAUCCGAAGCUGACCUCCUCAAAGCACCGUCAAGACGAAGGAGUCGAAGCUUAAGCCGCGAACGGAUCGCUUACAGAGUGGCCCAGAAGCUGAAUGCGGGUGAUCUUCUUGCGACUGAGACGAAGCCUUUGACGAAACGCUCGCACAAGUCUCAGGACGAAGAGCAACCCAGUGUGGAGUCCAGCUUGCUUAGUGGCUCGAACGUCUCGUCCCGCCACAAGUCUGGCGACGCUAUAUCUUUUCGCUCCAAUACGUCCAAGUCAUCCCUUAACAAUACCAAGUUUCUCGAGACUGUUGAAGACGCAAUCCGGCGUUUAAUUCUUCCUGAGCUAAAGGAACUCAAACAUGAUCAAAAAGCAAACGUCAAUAAAACGAAAUUUGAACGUGAUGCAAUCGACACUGCGGGUGCUACUUCGCAAGAUGUACCAAAGAGGCGUCUUUCAAAGCAUUCAAGCGCUCCUGACGUAAGCAGAAGCUCUGUUUUUGUGGCAAAUACCGAGAUAGAGGAGCCGGUCACCCCUGAAGAGCGCCGAAGACGCCACAAAGAGCGACGCCGGGAGAAGGUAUCACAAACCGCUUCCCCCGAGGAAUCUAUUCGCGUUCGGAAAGGGUCGCUUCCUGGUAAUCAACGAGCAUUCACGGAGGAAGAGGUAUUGCGACGCCAAAAGAGUAAAGGUUUGAGAGAUGCCGCCGCUGCAGGCAUUGUCGGAAGUGCACUGACGGCUGCGGCCCUCAAGCACCACGAUUCGAAGUCCAGUCUCGACAAGAAGCCAAGAAAGCGGAAGUCGAAGAGCAGUAGCAGAACUGCGAGUAUCAACGAUUCUGACACGGAGUUGGUGUUUCAGAAACACAAUGUCCCACCCAUGCCGUUCCGUAGUGACAUUGAAACCGAGCUUACUCGCGAUUCUAUUCUUUCUCAAAGAACGGCUGAUUCAGAGACUCCUACACCACGCCAGGUUCAAGAGGUUAUUCGGGGCUCUCCGCGUGGCGCAAGCUCUCCGACACCGAGAACUCCAAACCGCACGCCACUUAGCAAUCAGAGAGAAUCAAGUUCUCGACAGAGCCACCGUAGUGACAAUGAGACUUACGGCAAAGCUGGUUCUUCUGAUGGCGACGUCUUACUCGAGGGAGCUGGAGGUGCGAUAGCUGCGGCUGCCGCUGAAAACCUACUUGGACAUCACCCAUAUCAUGACAUGCCGGAUCCGGAGGACAGUAUGCAGCACCCACGUGCCUUGAGCCCUAUUCAAAGCGUUGCCAGCGAUCAUGAUUUACGUGGAGAUCAGCUAGAGGACGAAAGUCGAGAAAAAGGCACUAAUAGCCGACGAUACUCAAUUGAGUCUUUGUCUUCUGCGCCUAGUACAGAACUGGCGAGAUCGACUCGUCUAGAUAGUCGAAGCGAAAUAUUGAAGCAGAAUGAUGGAGAAGCUACCGAGUUGGGCUAUGAAACGAGCAGAGAUAUCGAAGGCGAGACGGCUAAAGCAGACUGGAAUGAAGGUUUCCCGGCUCACGCUUACGAUGAGCACGGCGAUGAUGAUUUAAGAAAUGAUGAAAUCAAUUACUCUGACGAUGGCGAUGACCACGUCGAGUAUGACAAUUCCCCUCGGCAGCUCACAAAAGGAGUCGCAGUCAAUCCAAAGUUUGUAACUGCAGUUGGCGUUGAAUCUGCAGUGGCCUCUUUAUUGGAUCCAUCUGUUCUAGAUGCGAGAUCUGGUCUCUCCCAGGCUCGGUCACAGGCGGAUUCACUCAAUCGAUCGGUAAAUGGUAGUGUUGCCGAAGAAGUUCAUGGCCAUAGCCUCCCUAACUCCCGCCGGGGAAGUCCCUUGAAACAUGAAUAUGAUCUUCACAAUCACGAUGAGAAGUCAUUUACCAAGAGACUUGGCGCUGCAUCGCCUCCUCAAAGCGUUACUCAAUCAGAGGAAGACAGUCGUGAGCAUGAUGAAAUAUUUCCUCCCGAUGCGACUACUCUAGAAGAAGGCCAUCGCGAUAUCACCCCAGAGGAAGAUGAGCUUGAAGAGGAGGAAGAGGAGUCGGAAAUCAACACUAACCCGUCCAUCAUCCAAGGCCCAAUUGGAAGCGUCCCUCAUGAAAGCAGAGACCAUUGGCCAUAUAAUACCACCCCCUCACAAGCCAGAGACCUUCAAUCUACAUCUCAACAUGACACCAAUGCAGCUGCAGCUGCAGCCAUCGGCGGAGCUUUGGGUGCCGGUUUGGGUCUAGCUGCCGCUGACCAGAAAGUCGGCUAUGAUCGAACUUAUGACCGGGGCUAUAUCGAUGGUCGUAUGUUCUCGACCCCCCCCGGUGCCAAGGACGAAGGCUAUAUCUCUGCUGCCAACCCUAUGUCUCCAAGUAAUGCGUCACCAGAGCCUCGGAAUAAAUUCAGCACUCUGGAUCAUGUGAAUCCUCCCCUUCUCUUUGACAACAGAGAUGUCGACGAUGAUCCUUUUACUAGCCCUGGUCACCAACGCCACUUCAGCGGUUAUUCUCACGGCAUGGCUUCUCCCAUCUACGAUGGUGCUACGGGCCGGGGCAUCGAUAGCAUUGAAUCGAAAGACAUCAUUGCUUUGAUGAAUCAUCUCACUGUUAGAGAUGCCCAACGCAAUGCCAGAGAUACCGAAAUAUUAGUUACGCUUGUUCGCAGCGCAGCUGAAAUGCGGAGCUCGUUCUUAGAAAUGAAGAAGUAUAUCGCUGAACAGGAUGAUAUGCUCAUGCAAGCGAACGAAAAACAACAUGAACGCACCCGAGCUAUUGGUGGUCCACGUCCUCUACCUGCUUCAAGAUCUAAUCGCCAAUUCGCUGCAGCGGAGUAUGGCGAGGAAGCACAGGCAAAACGGAGAAACGUGUUUAGGAGGGCUCUCAAGAGCUUGAGCGUGAAAUCUUCCAAUGAUUUAACAAAGAUCGAAGACAUGCUUGAACAGCUUCUUGACGAAGUAGAAGCGCUAAGAACUGCUCAGGAAGGUCGAGGCGUAGGCCCGUCAGCCAACGCCGCCAGUAUCAAUUCCAAUGGCAAUGGAGGAGUUUAUGCAGACGGUUAUGAACCUGAAGGACAAGCAGGAACUGGUUCUCCUGGCGAGCAGUCGGGAUACACAUCUAACUCUUCUCGGCUACUAGCCGAUAAUCGACCAAUGGCCAUGCGUCGACCAUCAGAAAACCGUAUCAGCACAGUGCUCGAAGGAGACGAAGAGAUUGAUACGUAUGAACAGCCACUUCUGGAAAGAGAAGUGCCCUAUGAUGAGCGGGUUGUUGAUGAGCGGAGCGUCCCUGGGCAGCUUGGCACACCGCCCCGAAAACCCGUACCUACCGGUUCAGGAAGUCAGGAGACUACUCCAAGAAAAUCAGAAGAGAAAUCGCGCAAACACAAAUCAAGCAGCUCGUCUUUCUUCAAGAUCUCACGAUGGUCCAAGACAACUGCCUCGACGGUGGGAGAUGGUAUCCGCAACAGCAUACAGCCCAGUCGGAAGGAGCGCCCAUCAUCGGAGAUGUCUCGAUCCGGCUCAGAUUUAGCCAACCAGAACCACUAUAACGCUGGCGGAUUCUACGAUCCGCAUGGUGAUGAUCGACUUCGGUCUACCUUCACGGUGGAUGACGAGCAGCAGGACAACCGGCCACCGUCUCCACUUGUUCCAUCUCAAGUGUCCGAGGGACCCAAAUACAAAGCACAUCGCGACAGCCUCAACCUACAGCAUCCGCAGCCACAGAAGGGCCCGACUGACCGCUAUCAAAAUCAUUUGGAGUAUCAAGCGCAGGACUACGCUCCGACAUCGCCAACUUCGGAGAGAUGGGGGUCUCAGUCAAGCCUGCCUCAGUAUGGCACCAAUACCAACCGGUAUAGUAAUGGAAAUGCCCGCUUGACACCAAUUUCCGAUGCCGGACAUUCCGAAGUGAGUUCCAGCAGAGGACCACCUCGUCCUCCGAAGAUCAAGGACGCAGAGCCAUUAGUACCACAGCGGCCUCCCAAGAUCAAGGACGACCAAAUGUCUGGACAUGCUGACCGGUUUGCUACCCAAAGCAGUGGUGGCAGCGCAUCACCUGGCACUCAGCCACCUACUCGAAAGCUUACUGGUCCUCGGCCAAUUACUAGCUCUGGUCAGUACAGCCCUAGCAACGUCAAGCGUCAUCAGUAUCGCGGGAGCCCCAACCGAAUAGACUAUGAUGCCGAUGAUUAUUGA